AUGGCAGAAAUCCAACAGCCCUUUUACAAUGCACCUUUAGGACUAUCGGACCACUGUCUAGUUCAUCUGAUCCCGGCCUACAGGCAGAAACUAAAAACUUCUAAGCCUGUGGUGAGGACUGUGAGGAAGUGGACAGUGGAGUCAAGGCAGGACCUCCAAGCCUGCUUUGUCUGCACCGAUUGGGGAGCUUUCGAAGCUGCAACUUCAGACUUGCAUGAACUCACUGACACUGUCACAUCAUACAUCAGUUUUUGUGAGGAUCUGUGUGUGCAGACUAAGACCUUCUGCACGUACAACAACGACAAACCUUGGUUUACACCGAACCUCAGGAGGCUGCGCAAAGUCAAGGAGGAGGCCUACAGGAGCGGCGACCGCGAGCUGUUCAGGCAGACCAGAAACACGCUGAACCGAGAGGUCAGAAAAGCCAGGAGGUGUUACGGGGAGAACCUGAAGAGACACCUCUCUGCCAAUCCUGAUCCCUCAACGGUGUGGAAAGGUCUGCAGAGCAUCACGGGCUACAAGAAACGAACCACCCGUCCUGUAGAGAGCCCAAGACUUGCUAACCAGCUAAACAAGUUCUACUGCAGGUUUGAUCGGUCCUCCCACACAACGGGACCUCCUGCAACACAAUCUACAUACUCACCUCUCCCCACAACUGCUCCGUCCACACCUCUAUCAUCGUUGUCACCCACUCACUCUCUUGCAGAGGCCGCGCCCGCACUCCAGGUCCGCGAGGAGGAAGUGCGCCAGAUGUUCCGGAGACAAAAGACCAGGAAGGCACCGGGCCCAGACGGCGUGUCACCUUCCUGCUUGAAAGUCUGCGCUGAGCAGCUGGCGCCCACCUUUGCACGGAUCUUCAACCGUUCUCUGGAGCUGUGUGAGGUGCCCUCGUGCUUCAAGAGCUCCACCAUCGUUCCAGUAGCCAAGAAGCCCGCCAUCACAGACACCUUCAAGUUCCUGGGAACCACAAUCUCUCGGGACCUGAAAUGGACCGGCCACAUAGACUCUGUCCGGAAGAAGGCCCAGCAGAGGCUGUACUUCCUGAGACAGCUCAAGAAGUUCAACCUGCCGCGAGAGCUUCUGAAGACCUUCUACACUGCCAUCAUCCAGUCUGUCCUCUGCACCUCCAUCACUGUCUGGUUUGGAUCGGCCUCCAAACAAGACAAGCACAGACUACAACGGACAAUCAGAACUGCAGAAAAGAUCAUUGGAAUCAACCUCCCAUCUAUCCAAGACUUGUACCUGUCCAGGACCAGGAAUCGGGCAAGGAACAUCUCUACAGACCCUUCUCACCCGGGUUGCAGUCUGUUUGAACUACUCCCCUCCGGACGGCGUUAUAGAGCUCGGUACGCCAAAACCAGCAGACACAGAGACAGCUUCUUCCCCCAGGCUGUUGCUCUGAUGAACUCACACCACUCAUAGAGUCUCAGAGACAUUACUGUGCAAUAACAUCCUGCUCCUCACACCUUUUUGAAUUUGUCUACACUGUUUUUGCCAUUAUUCACAUGUCCUGAAUGUUGUUAGUCACCUAAAUGUUGAACAGAGGGUGUGUUUCUACCGAAGUCAAAUUCCUUGUUUGGCACGCUCAAACAUGGCGAAUAAAAAACUCUUGAAUCUUGAA